GCGAAAAUCACGUCACGCGAGCGAUUUGGCGCCACACGCUUGUGUAGUUGGGAAGAAGUCUAUGAGAGGUGAUUGGUCAAGAUGUCUUCACCAUCGUCCAGUGCACGUAAGCGCGGCAGGAGCAGCAACCCUUCGACUCCUGCCAGCGAUGGCCCUCAGACCCCACGAGUCCGUGGAUCUCAGGAGUCUUCCACAGGAGAGUUACAGCCCAUGCCCACCUCCCCUGGGACGGACAUGCAGAGCCCCGUCCCUCAGGACACCUCUCUCUUCUCCAGCCCCAUGCCCCGCCCCUCAGUCCCGCAGAGUGAACCGGACAUGAGCUCUCCGCUGAUCUACGACACGCCCAGUCGUGGGACUCCGGCUCGCCAGAGAGCUGACCUGGGGUCUGUCAGGAAGGCACCGCAGGUGGACCUGAACUCCGAGCCGCCCUCGGGAGAUGGAACCGUGGCCAGCGAGCAAAACGCCGGCCAAAGACUCGUCAUCUGGGGCACUGACGUCAACGUGGGGACGUGCAAGGAGAAGUUUCAGCGCUUCCUGCAAAGAUUUAUCGACCCCACAUCACAGGAGGAUGAGAACGCGAGUCUGGAUCUGAAUGAGCCUCUGUACAUGCAGAAACUCAGCGAGAUCAGUGUUGUUGGGGAGCCUGUGUUGAACGUGAACUGCGGACAUGUUCAGGCUUUCGAUGCCGAUCUGUACCGUCAGCUCAUCUGUUACCCUCAGGAAGUAAUUCCAACCUUGGACAUGGCGGUCAACGAGCUGUUCUUCGAUCGCUUCCCUGAUUCCGUCCUGGAGCACCAAAUCCAAGUGCGUCCCUACAACGCCCUGAAAACCCGGAACAUGCGCAGCCUCAACCCAGAGGACAUUGAUCAGCUCAUCACCAUCAGCGGCAUGGUGAUCCGCACCUCGCAGCUCAUCCCGGAGAUGCAGGAAGCCUUUUUCCGCUGCCAGGUCUGCGCCUUCAGCACGCGUGUAGAGGUGGACCGUGGCCGCAUCGCCGAACCCGCAGUGUGUCGGAACUGCAACACCACACACAGCUUGGCGCUGGUGCACAACCGCUCUGUCUUCUCGGACAAACAGAUGAUCAAGCUGCAGGAGUCACCAGAGGACAUGCCCGCUGGUCAGACCCCACACACCACCGUGGUGUACGCCCACAACGACCUGGUGGACAAAGUGCAGCCUGGAGAUCGUGUCAACAUCACAGGAAUCUACAGAGCCGCCCCCAUGCGCGUAAACCCGAGACAGAGCCAGGUGAAGGCCGUGUACAAGACCCACAUUGACGCCAUCCACUUCCGCAAGACGGACGAGCGGCGCCUGCACGGGCUGGACGGGGAGAACGAGCAGAAGCUGUUCACAGAGGAGCGUGCCACCACACUGAAGGAGCUCGCUAACAAGCCUGAUAUCUACGAGCGUCUCUCCUCCGCCCUCGCGCCCAGCAUCUACGAGCACGAGGACAUCAAGAAGGGAAUCCUGCUGCAGCUAUUCGGUGGCACACGUAAAGACUUCACCCAGACGGGACGCGGUAACUUCCGUGCCGAGAUCAACAUCCUGCUGUGUGGAGACCCGGGUACGAGUAAAUCUCAGCUGCUGCAGUACGUCUACAACCUGGUUCCUCGCGGUCAGUACACGUCCGGUAAAGGCUCGAGCGCUGUGGGUCUCACCGCCUACGUGAUGAAGGACCCGGAGACGAGGCAGCUGGUGCUGCAGACUGGCGCACUUGUUCUCAGCGACAACGGCGUGUGCUGCAUCGAUGAGUUCGACAAGAUGAGCGACAGCACGCGUUCGGUGCUGCACGAGGUCAUGGAGCAACAGACGCUCUCCAUCGCCAAGGCGGGCAUCAUUUGUCAGCUCAAUGCAAGAACCUCGAUCCUCGCAGCCGCCAAUCCCGUAGAGUCUCAGUGGAACCCGAAGAAAACGACGAUCGAGAACAUCCAGCUCCCUCACACACUGCUGUCCAGGUUUGAUCUGAUCUUUCUGAUGCUGGACCCUCAGGACGAGGUGUACGACAGACGUCUGGCGCAUCACCUGGUCUCUCUGUACUACCAGAGCGAGGAGCAGGUCCAGGAGGAAUAUCUGGACAUGGCGGUACUGAAGGACUACAUCGCUUACGCCCGCACAUACAUCAACCCCCGACUGAGCGAAGAAGCCAGCCAGGCGCUAAUCGAGGCCUACGUGGACAUGAGGAAGAUCGGCAGCGGCAGAGGGAUGGUGUCCGCUUAUCCCCGACAGCUGGAGUCGCUGAUCCGACUGGCCGAGGCUCACGCCAAAGUGCGCUUCUCCAACAAAGUGGAGACCAUCGACGUGGAGGAGGCCAAGAGACUGCACCGAGAGGCUCUGAAACAAUCAGCUACUGAUCCCAGAACAGGAUUCGUGGAUAUCUCCAUCCUCACCACAGGUAUGAGCGCGACGGCACGAAAGCGCAAGGAGGAAGUGGCUCAAGCUCUGAAGAAACUCAUCCAGUCUAAAGGCAAAACCCCAGCCAUGAAAUACCAGCAGCUGUUUGACGACCUGCGCUCCCAGUCCGAAGCCGCCAUCACCAAGGACAUGUUUGACGAGGCGCUCCGAGCUCUCACGGAUGAGGACUUCUUAACGGUCACAGGGAAGACUGUGCGCCUGCUGUAAAUACUUGCACUCUUGAUGAUCUCCUUUCCUCAUCCUGUUUGUAGAGCAAUUAUUAUUAUUAUUGUUAAUGAUGUUCGUGUAUAUGAAGAGCUGUUUGUUUUUCUUUGCUAUUAAAAUGUUG